AUGUCAAAAAUUGAUCUAUUCGGUUACAUUAACAAUAUUUUCUGCAAGCGAGCAGGGGUGCUAUCAAGAUUUUCAAACGAGCUUCAGCACCGCAUGAACCUAUUACAAGUCGUAAUUUCCGGAUUGACUUCAAAUUGCAAUGAGUUUUCCUCCAUUUCCCUCCGGAAGACACUGAUUCGUUGGCCUUUUGUUCUACCGGUACAGCCUGUGCGGUGUCCAAGCGCACAAAUUUCAGAGGUGCAAAUACCCGUUUCAAUUCUCGUUAGACGAAAAGCAAAUCAUAUCCCGUUUGGUGCAUCGUAUGGGGAUCCGUGGCCGGUCAAAAGGCGAAUCGCGCUGAAGACGAUUUCGCAACGUCUUCCUCUCAUCACACACACCAUCUCUACCCAAGGAGACCUUGGAGCGAAUGCAUCCGGCCUGUUUUCCAACACAGACCCCGGGAAUGACCUGAUAAAACAUGCAUGA